AUGAAUAUAUGCUUGAAUUUACGUACUUUGAUCAAGCUAGAGGCAUGUGUUCUCUAUGUUGUGCUAUGGCUUUGCUUGAUGACCGUUCACUUUCAGUCGUGGAUCAUCCCAAAACACUACCACACUCCAGAAAGCGAUAUAGCUCUCCAAAACUACAAACCAAGGGGAGAAAGUGAAAAUUCUGGUCACCAUAGUAACAAAACAGCAGCACAGAUUUAUACGGGUCCGUCAAAUUCCGAUGUCAUGAAAUGGUUCAUCCAUGGCCCAAAACUGGUUCAGUUGCCGCAGAAGUCUCGUAAACAUCCACAUCUCAUGUCAUAUGACGUUCAAAAAGAGGUUUGUCAUCGAGGUGCUGUUCACUUAUUGAUAUAUAUACACAGCGCGCCACAAAAUGGCUACAAGCGUGAUGAAAUCAGAAACACGUGGGCAGGGGUCCAUAACUUCAAAGAAAUUUAUGUAGAACGCGUUUUUCUAGUUGGUGAAACGGACGAUAAACAAGUUAUCGAAAAUGUAGAAAACGAACGAAAGCAGCAGGAUGAUAUUAUUCUUUGUCAUUUUAAAGACAGUUUUAGAAAUAUGUCUCUGAAAGCCAUUGCUCUAUUGGACUUCGUAAACAACCGUUGUACACAAGCGAAGUAUAUACUUAAAACGGACGAUGAUAUAUUUGUAGAUAUGUAUGCACUCAUUGAAAAAAUUAUACCACAAAUAAUGAAAAAGCCAAAAUCUAUUGUUUGUGAAAGAAAAUACAAUCAUUCGAUCGUCACUGACCGAAACAGUAAAUGGUAUAUACCGCCAGAUCUUCUAACUGUGACUGAUAAAGGCAAACUUCCAACGUUCUGCACAGGAUAUGCCGUGCUUUUUACCAGUGAUCUGGUUCCUUUGCUUCUGAAUGCCUCUUACGAGACCCCACUUGUACAAGUUGACGAUGUGUACAUGUUCGGAUUUCUGUUGAAGAGAGUUCCAGGUGUAAAUGUUAUUGAUAGUGUUAAUUCAUUUACACUGAACCAGGAGCUGGGAAUGACCGAGUACCAGGACAGGACGAAACCUAUAGAACAUUUUGUUGUCAGUGCUUCGGAAAAGGGAACACAGGAAAAACUCUGGCAGAAUGCUAUUGAUAAAGUUUCUCUCUUUGGUAAAGAAAUCAUGAAUCACAACCUAUUACCCUACGAAUACUGA